CCAACACGGUCACGAUGACAUAUCGAAGAAGUCCGAGAACGAUCGUUACGAGUAUCUUGGAGACACGCGUAACUAUAGGGCGUUAGUCGGUAUCGCGGCAAAAACAGCCGAUGGGAGAAAAGAGAGUUCCGUUGGAGGUUAAACAGUGUGUCGAGAGAGUCUUUCUUCCUCGAGAGUCGCGUACUACUCGAACGUCGAGAAACGAAUGAGUGCGUGAAUCGUGACAACAUCGUGUCGGAGUGUACGGAGAGAGAAUCUGUCUUUCUCCGAUCCGUGGACGGACUUUACACGCUUCUCUCCCGCUGCUCUCGCCCCUCUCUCGUCGCUCGAGGACCGUUUCUUUCUCCCUCUCUCAGCCUGAAGGGCAAUUUAUCUGUCCCGUCGGCCGUACGUCUGUCGCAGUCUACCGUUCCGUCUGCGAGCUGGCAGAGUUUUCACUGGCGCGACACGGCACGCGCGCACGUACGACGCGUAAACGAAACCGGCGCGGUGCGUCCAGCUACACGGGAAUCGGGAGUGUCAAAGAUCCGAGGGAAAAAUCACGGGCAUGGGAACAGUGUGUGCCGUGGACUGAGAAAACACGGUUUUCGUUACCGCCGGUGCGCUGUGUUCGUGUGUGUUCGUUCUCAAACGAAGAAGAGAGGAAGAGAGGUUAGGUUAGGCUAGGACUCGCGUCAACCCCCUCCCGCCACUCUCUUGUCCUUGUCUAGCUGGAAGAGGAAGGCAAACACGAAAGGCAGAGACACGCACACCAGCGCAGGACAAUUGGGGAAAGAGGAAAACACGAAUGCCGAUCGCCGGUGGAAUUCUGGUCGCUGGAACCGCGGCUCAUUGCCUGUCUUCCGCCGCUGGUAUGCUUCGAUUCCUCGCUAGACUUUCAGGGAGGCGGCGGCACGUGCGCCGGAGUUCUGGGCCAGGUGGUGGAGCUCGUGCCGUUGAAGAAACAGUAGAAGCAGCAGCAGCAGCGGCGGCAGCGGCAGCAGCAGCAGCAGUCGUCGAGGGACGAGGCGAAGCAAGGGGAGUAGGAGGAUGCGAAGCUGUCGGAGCAGCGAGUCCGAUCGAGGAGGUUAGUUCACCGGUGGCGGAUGGCGAGGUCUGCUGCGGCGACAGCAGUACCAACUACCACCACCGUCGUCAUCACCUCCAUCACGUCCACCGUCGCCAUAGUCAUCAUCGUCAUCACCAGUGUCAGCAGCGUCACCGAUGUCACCAACGGAGGGACAGUGUCGCUAGCAACGAGCUCGUCGUCGACGAGGAAGCCGACGAUGAGGUUAACUGCCAAGAGCAAACUGCCGCCGAUGCCGCCGCUGCUUCCGUUGCCGCCCAACCUCCUCAUCGAGACAUCCACGAGUUCCAUCACCUGCAUCAUCAUCCUCAUCUGCGAGACCUCCACCAACGGUUACAGGACGACAGGACGCAUCGCGAUCGCGAGGACGCGACCGAGAAAAGCGUCGACCGUAUCGUCCGGACCGACGACCACCACUCGGAUGGUAGCAACCAAGCCGAGAACCCUGCCACCGUCACUGCCAUGACGAGAGGAUGCAGGAUCCCACCCUACCUCGCCACUCUACUCAUCCUCUCCUACACACUCUUCGGUAUAGCAGACGCCUGUUCAUCGCGGUCGACGCCGAAACCACGGCCACCGACGCCGACGCCUCGACCAAAUAUCACAUUCCACAUGUACACGUGUCCACCGGAUUAUGCGGAAUGGUACUGUCUGAACGGUGCCACAUGUUUCACGGUCAAAAUCGUUGAUUCCCUCCUUUACAAUUGUUUAUGCGCCAAUGGUUAUAUCGGGCAAAGAUGCGAGUUUAAGGAUUUAGAUGGUUCCUAUUUACCUUCCCGGCAACGUGUAAUGUUGGAGACAGCUAGCAUCGCCGGCGGUGCCACGAUAGCAGUAUUCCUUGUCGUUAUCAUUUGCAUAGCGGCUUACAUCCACUGUAAGCGAAAGCAAAAGGAAUUGCGGUCGAGUAACUGCGUCGACACGGUGGAUGGUCCUGGCCGAGAUCCGGAGCUGAGGCCGUUUAGCAACCGCAACCGCUCCCUCAUGAUCUUCAUGACCAAGAAUCCUAAUAGCUCGGCUGCGAUAGAGCAAACGAGAAUGCCCGGAUGGAACUGCCCGGAAGUGGAGUCUAUGAGAAUGGCGUCCAUCAGCGAAGGCAAGCGUUCGAAUCAAUAAUAGCCAAUCUCUCUCUCGUGCCUAAUUCCUACGACACGAAACCCGAGGCGUCCACCGUAGAUCACCGAGACACGACGCGACGGGCCUCGACUCGUCGACGGAAGGAGGAAUCACUUUCACCGUGCUUGCUGUUUUCUGUCUCCGUCCAUGGGACACCGUUCUCCCUGUUGGCGUACGAAUAAUUCCGUGAACGCAUUCGAUGAUCGUGACAACAUCUCCUCCUCUUCGGCAUCUAUUUAUUUCGUGCCUGUACAUAAGACACGUCGCCCGUUCCUGAAGCUUCGAUUCCCAGCAAUGCCCCGAUUUACGUCCGAACGAAAAGAGUCCGAGCUAUCGAGCCAGAAAGAAGAAUCGAUAUUGUGGAUUGGGAUCCCCAAGAGCGAGGAAUCCGCGAGAAAUCAGACGUACAGGAUUAAAAAGGAAGUACGUAGCGCAACUUUAAAUAGCUGGACUUUGCCGAAGAACAAAGGACGAGAAAGUAGAAUAAAGAAGGGAAUGCUUAAAAAUAAAACCCAGCUGAAUAGGUGGCUCGAUAGAGAGAGCAUUAGCGCGAAAGUAACAGGAGAUUUAAGGAAGAAGAAAAAGAAAAUACCAUUUAGUAAUUGUUCCUAUCGGUGACUAGUUUAGAGCAGACAAUAAUAACCAGAGAGAAAAAUAAUUACAGAUGUUAGCGUGAGUUAAGACAAAUCUACGAGUUAAGUUAUUCGACGAUAUCUUCGUGAUGAGCUUUCCUAAAUGUCUGUUUCUCUUUCUUUCCGUUUCUUCUUUGUUUCACCUUCCUUCGACCCGAUCGAUUCGUGGAAGUUUCGAGUUCCUCGACGUCACUCGACUACGAAAAACAGAACGAUUUUGCGUAUCGAAAAUAAUCCGAAUCGUUGAAUGCGUUCGCGAUAACUUCUUCUUUUCGACGUCCGUCAAAAAACGAAAAGCGUCCACGUUCGACGAGAGAAACCGUUCGUUCUUCCUCGCAGUUUCUGUUGAUUACUUUUCUUUCGUGCCAGUUAUACAAAUUUCUAUCUCUAUCGCGUGUUUCGUUAAUUCGCAGGACACAACUUGCCCUUCCAAGUGUUUCGUUGUAAAUGUAUGUAAAACGCGUACAUAGUUUAUUUAAUAUACAGACGUAAUUAUUUAUUUCGUUUAAGCAUAUGUGUUUUCGUUCGCACAAUACACCGUCGUUUAAUUUAUUCGAACGUGUCGUUAGGCCUCGGUGAGAGUCGGUUCGUUAAUUGUUCGUCAAAAAAAGAAGAAGGCGGCGUCGAUGACUCGAUGCGAUUAUUCGAAUUUUCUGGCUCUUCGUCGCGCUGCGAAAACUUCUCUCCCUCUGUCUCGUUUGUAAAUAGUAAAUUAAUCCGUGUACAGGGCCGGCCGAUUCGUGUUCAUCCGUUAAAUUUAUCUGAAGAGUAAUUACGACAAUUGUAGCGGACAAACUACAAUCAUGACGACGCUUAAUUAAGCCGCGUGACACCGCGUUUGCCACUCGCAGUGACAUUUGACAAAUAAAUUUAUCGGGACCCGAGUCGGCCAGGAAUGGCAGGGUCGAUUGCUAGCGCGGCGAAAAUCACCCGAGUUAUCGAUCGCGACUCCAGAAAAUUACGUUCAGGUCCUACUGAAUCCAUCAUCGCGUCGCGACGCCCCUCGAUGCUGCAGAAAGAUAUAUGAGCUUGUCCUUGAAGUAAUGUCGUUACUUUUGAAUACAGUUCAUUUUCAAUAUAUAACAUUUCAACUGCCAUAUACCGUGGAUGUAGAAAGUAUUGUAAUUCCUUUGUAUUCUUGCAUUUACUUGGAAAAUGUCAGAUUGCAUUUAUUACACGUUAUAUUAUAGCAUUUAUUAAAGCAUCGCAGGAUUCCAUAACUAUAUUUCUUCAGUCCAUUAAUAUUGUUAUACUCAGAACUGGGUGUGCCACUACUUUCUUUGUCUACAGUAUCUCGUUCUUCAAUUCUAUUCUGAUAAUUACAAAAUUAUUUAACUGGAGAAAAGUUUACUAUUUCAAUAUUUCAAGAAAUAGCAGUCUAUUAAAAAGUGAUGAAUAGAAUUUUCUCAGAAAAUGAUCUACAUACAAAUAAUGUAAAGUAACAGUAAGUGUUAAUUCACCCUCAUUGAUUGACUAAGGAAACGACAUUAUUUUAUGGGAUGACUCAACAGUAUGUAUAAAUAUAUGCAAGGUAUUAUGUAAUUAAUCAUACAGGCAGAAAAGAGGUCAUUCUCUAUGCAAUGGUAACUUGAUAAUAUAGUAUGAAAUUUUUUUGUCUUUAAAGAAGAAAAAUAUACAGAAACAGUGAGACAGUAUUUUUAAAAUCUACAUAAACAUCUGCAGUUUGCAACAUAUGUUUGACAAAUCUUCAAAGUCAGUUUCCUCAAAAAAGAUGUAUGAAAAAGUUACAUGCUAUGUGUUCAUAUUAUUUUUGCAUACGGAGUCAGCUUAAUUCUGGUAAGAUCAGUUACAUGGUACCAUGUGAACGUUCUAUAAGAUAUCUGUCCCGUAUUCCGAUGGCGAUUUGUACAUUUUGUAGAUACCGUGGAGUAGUGAGAAAGCUUCCAAACGCUUGAAAAAAAAGAAUCGUCUAUAAUAUUACUUUCUCUCGAACGUGUCGUGACCCGGCGACAACGACGCUUCGUGGUUUCUUUGCCGUGUCGGAAACUUGCGUUUUUCUCCUUUCGUUUCGAAGUCGUUUCUGUCGGGCACUGCCUACCGAAGGAGAUCGAAAUCGAAGCGAGGGAAAAUAAAAACAGAUAAAAGGAGAUCGAAAGAG